CUGAUCUGACUGCAUUAGCUGUCUGUCGGCGUGAGUGAGAGAUGUAGGGCUCGUCAUUGAAGCAGCAUUCAACCGCACUCAUUGCUUCGCGAGAUGAGCCCCUUCACCGGUUCUCAGAGUCUCUGAGGAGGCCUCGGGCUGGUGCGGGUCGGUGCGGACAGACAUCGCACAGCCCCUUCAGUCAUUCUGCAUCAGGUCCGUGCCGAUCACUCGUUUGUGCAGCGGGAUGAUGAAAGAACACUCACUGGAUGGAUGGACGGAUGGAUGGGGUGGCAGAUGGUGCAGAUUGACGGCGAUUUGGUAUCAAUCAAUUGAUCUUUGAUCAUCUGGUAAGCAUGAAACACGAGCUGACGGCUGUGGCACAUCCAUUGCCUCGGUUCGCUGCUGUGCAGGUGUUUCCUUGUCGUGAAUGAGUGAGUAUGGAUACCAUCAUGACGAGCACACAGGCGGCAGCCGCAGGUGGGCUGGAGGCGGGCACCACCACACACGCAUACACAUGACGGCUCAUGCAAUCAUGAGUGUGUAACAUUCGUGUGUGUCAGCCGCCGGAGCUGGCAAUUCGAGUAGCAGCGACACCCAAACGGAGCAGUCGGUGAGCCAUCGCAAUGAAGGCAGGCCUCCAAUCAAGACACUCGUCACCGCAUGAUAUCGAUGAUGUCGCGUCUUGUAUGCAGAGUCUUUUCGGCGACAUCUACAGUACUUUCACUGGCCUGAGACGACUGCAUUCGCAGUCAGAUCUCGUGCUCCACAAACACAUCAGCCAGCACCCAUUUCUCGUUUGUGUGUGUGCAGGGGCCGCCGGAAGGACUCAAUUACCUGUCGACCAAGACCAAGGUGAGAGGGAGAGGGGCACACGGAGGGGUGCGUGUGUGCGUUGUCUGACGUGUGUGUGUGUAUGGUGUGUGCGUGUGUGUGCAGGAGUCGCCGAUGAGCACAUCUCGUGUGGAGAUAGCCAAGGCGGCUCUGUCGGACCUCACUGCAUCGAUGCAGACGUACAACUCCGCCAUAUCGCGUCUGAAGGGCCUGGCACUGGUACGCAACGAUGGACGAAGUUGCAGGUGUGGUGCACGCCGUGAACUUAUCUAGGAUGUGUGUGUGUGUGUGUGUGUGGUUUAUGCACGCAGCUGGAGGGCAACGCCAAGUUGUUUGCACUGGUCCCCAAGAAGACCACCACGCCAAAUGAGAAGCCGGUACACACUGCACGUGGGCCUGUUGAGCCUUGCCCCCACCAUGUGGCUGGUGUGUGGUGGUGUCUGCAGGCCGAUGUCGGUGCCGAGAGCUCCCGUAACGAUGCCACGUCAUCGUCGCCGUCCGCUGCUGCUGCUGCUGGUGGUGGUGGUCCUGCCGCUUGCCCCGACCCACAGCUGUUCGUGCAGCGGCUGUACAGGCUGCCAACCGAGCUCCACCACACCCUCGCCAAAUGGAUCGGGUCAGAGGGCAAGGAGGCCGCCACCCUCAAGCUCAGCACCACCAUGGCCAACACAUCACAUGCCGGCAGCAGUGCCGUGGAGACCGCCGUGACGGCCGCCAUCGACGGCCUCAUCAACGAUGAGCACAAGCGACUGACGGACAUCAUCGACUACCAACCACUCCGUCAGUCGGCCAGUCGCCGUCGCGUGUCCCGGCUCAUUCGGCUGCGGUAUGUCCUCGAGAUGGGGGGCGACUGGUCGGGCAGUGUGCCGCUGCUUCGACUGGCCAAGAACUGCAAGCGCAUCCAGCAGUUGCCCCUCCAGCUGAACGAGGGCGAUGUGGGGCGUGCGGGCAGCAGGGCGGACAUUGACAGCCGGCCGGCGAGUAUGCGGCAGUAUGGCCUGAUUGGCCAUCGUCUGGGCUUGGAGAUGACACGACGGGCGGGGUGGGAGUGGCUGGGAUGGCUCUGGGUGAGCAUGCACACGCGUGAGACGGUCCCGGCCCGCUACAGAGAUGCCUUCAAUCCUGCCGACCCUCCCUGCGACGGUAAGAUAAGCGAUUACGUGGGAAAUCUGACACGUUUACCUGUGUCGUGUUCUCCUUUGGCUGUCUGCAGGCUCUGUGUAUCGUAUAGCAGAUGGAUAUCAUGUGUAUCGUAGCUUCCACGAAUUGGCGACAGACAGGUACGCAACCAACAGCUGCGAACACAGCAUGGCAGCGUUUUGCCUUCCCUGCCUUCUCCCAGGAUCGUCGCCCCCCCUGCCACCUGGAGGAUUGAGCUACCGGCGCGGCGUCGUGUGGGACCGCCCUACCAUCCUGCGUCGUCUGCUGCAUCUGUUCGCAUCGCUGAGCUCAUGGCCCAGCCGACGCGAAUUUGGGGCGGCCACACCAUCGACCGCGACUGCAACUACUCCAACGGCACCAACUACCGCAUCGUCAUCCUGUGCGGCGACCACGCAGCCGAUGACUUCGCGGCAUACAUCACGAUGGGCAAGGAGGAACAUGGAGAGACAUACAUCGACCUCUUCAGCAACGAGGGGCCCCAGGGCGACGGCAAAGGUGUUGCGGACAGUCCCCAGGCGGCGGUGCUGGCUCGCACGAGGAUGGGCGGCGAUGCAUGGCUGAUCCCGCAGCUCAGCGAGGCGAUACCUACAGGUGUGAACGAGCAUACAGGGGAGGACAGGAAGAACAGACCUAUUUGUGGGUUGUAUUGUGUCCAGGUGGUCGUGGUGAGAGUGGAGGCCGCUCUGCAGACGACCCACCCGCACCCGCGCAGCCCUCGUCAGACAUGGUAAACCCAAUGAAGCCCUUGCUGCGUUUGUUUGGUAUCGCUAUCUGCUCUGGGUGCGUGUCUCUGUGGGCGUGUCAGGGGUACACCGUCCCUGAUGCUGCCGCUGCUGGUGAUGUUGGUGUCGGUGAUGGUGUUAGUGGCGGGUCCAACGAGGGCGACAUGCAGAUGGGCAAUUGGGAACUCGGUGAGUGCGCGUGGGGCAAUCAAUCGACACACAGGGUGACCUGCACACACUGGGGGGGGACAAUGAGUGUGUCUUGUGUCAGAUUCGGUGGCUGACGGUGCGGCGGGAGGCCCUCGAGGGCAGAAGCGCGGACGGUCCGAUGAGGAGGCAACACUCCAGGGCAGCCCUCAGCCACACAACAGGUCACACACAGUCACAACAGACAACGGAAGCGACUGUUGAUGUCUGUGUCUGUCUGUCCUGUGUGCAGCAAGCGGUUCGCUGCGAAGAGGCCCGACAAGUAGAGAAGAUGCCCAUCAAGCCGACACUCGCUCAAUGCCAUGUGUGCAGUAGCUGUAGCCCGUAGACGACGCUUCUUGCCUUCUGGAUGUCUGGUGGUGCAUGGUCACGUCAUUGCAACGAGUGGCAAUGAGUGUACGUGGUGUGUGGAAAGGUCGAAUGCCAAUCAUCAGCCAGUCGCUGACCAUAGUCAACAUUGAUUCAUGCUCCAUUCCCGCAUUUGUCCGCACCAAGACAGGAGAGAGCGUAGAUGCAGGCAUACC